AUGAAGACUAACGAGUCAGAUCUCUUUAAGAGAUAUAGAGUUGCCAACCAGAUGGCCUCAAGCUUUCCAUUAAUGGUCAGGGAAGCCAACAACAGUGUUUUUGUGACGUCCACGACGCGCACAAGCUAUAUGAUAUAUGAUGUAAAAAAGAUGAAUCUUCUCUUCUGCGGGCCUACCUUUGGCAGAAUUCAUUGCACAUACCAGAGAGGAGAUGUUGUGUAUGUUGGUUCGUACAGAGAUGUGUAUGUCACCACCCGGGGAGGAGUGGUCCGAUGCUUUACACUGCCUUCGGGCUCUGUUCAGUCCAACAAGAGGGUCAGGGUGUCCGAAGAGAGUAUGGAAGCAAUAAUCAGACAGAUACUUGGGUUUGGAGAGAUCGUUCUUAUUCUGACGCAGAACGAGCUGUUUGUCACAGAGGAUUUGAACGAGAUGUAUAAGAUUGAGCAUGACGAGAUUGAAAGACUAUUCCACCCCCAUACAUAUAUCAACAAGGUUGUUAAAGUUCUCAAGGGAGGAAAAAUGGUACUGUACAACGUGUCCUCCAGAAAGGAGGUAUAUGCAUACAAGCCAUUUGAGGCUGCGAUAACGGCAAUUGAGCAAAGCCCUGUAGUCGAUGUUGUCGGGAUAGGGCUAGAGAAUGGUACCAUACACAUAUUCAAUCUAAGAACAGACAGAGUGCUGUUUUCAUUCAAGCUCCAAAAUGCAGUUAAAGAGCUUAGCUUUGGAGGAAGCCGCCUCAUGGCAAUAACCAGGGAAGGGAUGUUUAUAUUUGACCUGAACUCGAAGAAGAAGAUGAUAGCGAUGGAAAACAUGCCUGACGGGGGUGGCAAAGAGGAAGACUGCCCUAUGGGAGGGAUCCUAAGCGGGAAGUUCUUAGACGACGGGUCUCUUGUAGCAUCUACAAAGGAUUCCUUAUCCAUCUACGAGGUAAAGGAUUACAAUCUUGAGGUAAUCAAGAGAAGGAGAACAUAUAACAAUGAGAUAAUAGGGAUAGAGUUUAUGGAUGAGAGAAACGUGCUUGUAUUUGGCCCAAGGUGUGUGUUCAAUAUGAAUGUGUAUAGGGACGAGCAGAACUUCAUGUUCAAGUUCAAAGGAGAUAUCGAAAUGAUGGAUGUGAACAAGAGCAUAGUGUGUUUCGGAAAAAGAAGCCUCCAUGCUCUUAACUUCCUAGAGAAGAACUCAAAAUUUAUUCUAAAUAAGGAUAUCAACUGUUUGGCUGUGUAUAAGGAUUUCUGCUGCUUCGGCAAGGACAAGAUCAUUUUAAUGAAUCUAAAAUCAAAGCUUGUGCAUGGCAAGUUUUCUGUAGGUGAGGAGCUGGUUGAUCUUGCAAUGGACUUCACGAAAAUAGUUGCAGCUACGAGUUCGGGGAUACGUGUGUAUACUACAAAAGGGAGCGAGAUUGGCAGAUAUGAGGUGGAAGGAAUAGUGUCUAUCAGGCUGAUCGAGAACUUCACUGUCAUUUGCACAUCCACCCAGAUCCUGUUUUACGAUGAUGGAGUCUCGAGAGUAUUUAAGUCGUCAGAUAAGAUAGUAGACUAUUGUGUGUCAAGCGAUUCGAAAUGGAUAGCUAUCCUGAGCAACCAAAACGUUUUUAUCUAUGACAUUCUAACCACGACGCUCCUCGACAUGCUUGUAUUAGAUAGUGAAGCAAAGUUUAUCAGGUUUUCUCCUAAUCUUGAUUUUCUUCUGGCUGUGUCUAGAGACAAUGAUCUUAUUCUAUUUUCGAACAAGAGCAAUUUCCAGUCGUCCGCAGAACCCAAGGAAGCCGUGCUGAAUCUCUCCGAGUUUAGGAAGAGGAGCAGUGCAGAAGAGGCAGGAUGGAGGCAUAAGAGGGGAAAUCUUUAUUCCGAGCUUCUACUCUUAAAGGGAUUGCAGAAUAACUUCGAAGAAAGGGAUUCCAACAAUUCUGAUGGAUCAGAAAUGCUAGAGAAACUCUUAGAUGAGGACUGGGUAAGAAGUAUGAGCAAAGAAGAUGUUCAGAAGGUUAUAUGCCUUGUCACACCUCAUGUACUUACAUCCAUGGACAUUGUCCAAAGAAUCUUAUUUAAUGUGCUAAGGUAUAAGUCCCACAUGCUGGAACCCAACGACAUACAUGUCUUGAAUGAGAAGUUUGCUAAGGAGUGGAAUGAUUUUGAAGAAAACGCAAUGAAGGUUAUCGGGUAUCUUGGAAUUGAAUCUGACGGGCUACUUCAAUAG